CUUUCUUAUAACAGCAACAGAGAUACAGAGGCGAAGAGGAGAGAGAGAAAGCGUGAGAAGGUUUCAGAGAGUGAGAUGCUUUUAGCUAGGUUUGCCUUCAUCACCACAGAAACUAAGAAUCUCAUUUUAUCAGUGAAGAGAGAUAAAAUGUGGGGAUAAAGAUUUUAUUUGAUUUGAGUGAGUGAUAUUUUAGAAGAUUUUGAUUAAUGGGGAGUAUAUCAUCAUUAGAAGAAGAUGGAAUGGAUCAAAGUGAAAGAUAUGGAAGUUAUAGUAUAAGUGCAGAUGUGAGUGAAUCAGAAAGUUCAAGUAGUUUUACAUAUAAUCAUAAUCAUUAUAAUGAUGAAGGAGCUUCAAGUUCUUUUGCUUCUUCACCAUUAUCAACACAUCCAGUAGUUACUAAGAUUUCUGGUUUUCCGGCGUUAAUGUUGCCUGUAAUUGGUGGUAAAGAUGUUGUUGCUUGGGAGGAAAAAUCGGACAAACGUGAACCUAAUUUAUCUGAAGUGGAUAUGAUGAAAGAGAGAUUUGCUAAGCUAUUACUUGGUGAAGACAUGUCUGGUGGUGGAAAAGGAGUUUGUACAGCUCUUGCCAUUUCUAAUGCUAUUACAAAUCUCUCUGCGACUGUGUUCGGUGAGCUGUGGAAAUUAGAGCCAUUGGCACAACAGAAGAAGUCCAUGUGGUGUAGAGAGAUGGAAUGGCUUUUAUGUGUGAGUGAUUCGAUUGUAGAGCUUAUCCCUUCCAUUCAAGAGUUUCCAGGUGGCGGGACUUUUGAGGUUAUGGUGACUCGCCCUAGAUCUGAUCUCUAUGUAAACCUCCCUGCGCUUAAGAAGCUUGACGCUAUGUUGCUUAGUAUGCUUGAUGGCUUCAGCGAAACUGAAUUUUGUUAUGAGCAAGGGAUUUAUUUGGCUGAUGCUAACAGUGGUGCUGUUAGUCGGUCGCCUUCAAUAGUUGGGAGGCCUUCUGUAAGACAAGAAGAGAAGUGGUGGCUUCCUUGCCCAAUGGUUCCUCCUGAUGGGUUAUCAGAAGUUUCAAGGAAGAGAUUACAGCAAUGUAGAGAAUGUACGAAUCAGAUCCUUAAAGCUGCCAUGGCGAUAAAUAGUGGUGUACUAGCUGAGAUGGAAAUCCCAAGUGCAUAUUUGGAAAGCUUGCCCAAGAAUGGAAAAUGCUGCUUGGGUGAAAUACUAUAUCGCUGCAUUACUGCACAACGGUUCUCCCCUGAGUCACUGCUUGAUUCAUUAGAUUUAUCGUCAGAGCACCAAACUGUGGAUUUGGCAAACAGAAUUGAGGCUGCUGUGCAUGUUUGGAGGCUGAAAGAAAAGAAAAAACGUGCUCAUCAUGUUAGUGCUGGGCGUUCAACAUGGGGUGGUAAGGUCAAGGGCCUUGUUUCUGAUAUGGGGAAGAGUCAGCUUUUAGCGCAAAGAGCUCAGACCCUCUUGCAGACUUUAAGGCUCCGCUAUCCUGGCCUUCCACAGACUUUGCUGGACAUGAACAAGAUCCAAUACAAUAAGGAUGUUGGGCAAUCAAUUCUCGAAAGCUAUUCCAGGGUGAUGGAAAGCUUGGCAUUCAAUAUAAUGGCAAGGAUUGAUGAUCUCCUUUACGUUGACGACGCAACCAGGCAAUCUUUAGCUGCGGAUUCAAAAUCUGUUUUUGGUAGGGGAGGGUUGAGUGGUAUUCCCAUACAGAAACCAAUCUCACCAAGCCCUUUCUCAAUUCAAACUACCCCUUAUGCGUCUCCAUUUGCGACGCCAAGCUUCUUAUCAAGUACACCAGUUACCGGAAGUCCGAAAAAGACUUAUCCCUCUCUUGGCAAACAAGACCAUUUGGGUUUACAGGAUGCAAAAUUAGAAAAACUGAAUCAAAAUAGUGGAGAUAGAGUGUGGUCUGGAAAUUUAAGUGUCAGAAAAGAUUCUGGAGAUGCACCAGAGCGAGAUUGAAUUGCCAACACGCCAUUCAAGCAACUGAUCUGUAAUAAUGCCCCUCUUUGACAUGGUGGUGGUUUAGGUUAGUCACCUUUGGGUCUUUUGUAUAUUUGAUUAGAUACUUUCAAUUUCACAGUUAGUUUAUGGAUAGUUAUCAGUAACAUCCCUAGGCAAGUAAAAUAAUUUCGUCUCUUUUUUGUAACUCUCCCUUCUAGAUCUGUUAAUAUUGACUACAUUCUUUAGUUGCUCAAUUUAACACUCAUUGAACCAGCUA